GCUGUCGUCUCUGCUUCUGCAGCUGCAGGCCACGGCAUGGGAAGACAAGGAUUUCUCAGCUACUGCCCGCCGUCGCGGUGCAGCGAGCAUGGCCCCGAGAUCAGGUUCCCUUUCCAACUUGAAUCCAACAAUACUACACCAUCCUCAUGUAGCGUACCAUGCAUGAAGCUAGCAUGCUCCGGCCAAGACACCAUCUUAGAUAGCAGAUACUCGUACCUUGGAAGCCCAUACAAGGUGACCGCCAUAGAUUACAAGCAUACUACCCUCACCAUCAUCCCUAUCGGAGACUUGGAUUCAUGUCCGCUUCUAAAUUCUGUACCACUUCCUUCUCAGCCACUCCAUUAUCAUUAUCACGGUGCAAACUGGAGCUCUUGCGACAUAUACAAUUGGGGUUCUGCAGCCCUAGUAAGCUGUUCUCAAGAGUUGACACAAACUGAUAUCCCUUCCACUCAUAUUGCUGGCCCAAUCUCUUGCCUGUCCACCAACUCAACUCACUUCUCCUAUUUGGUGGCUUAUGAUGUGCCUACGUGUCUUAUUCCAAUCCAGUGCGAGGUCAUCUCAGAUGGCCCCAUUCCGAUACCAUAUUUUUACUCUGGCCAUGCCUCGCUCACCUUCAGGCAAAGUGCAGAAAGAAUCCUCAAUUUUGCUGACACGACGGUCUAUUGGAGAUCCUUCGCAAACCCAGCCGCUUACAAUUGCUCACAGUGUGAACAACAAGGCCGACGCUGCGCAUACAGCUCACAAAGAAAUCAAACAUUCUGCAUGCGUCGAGGUUCACAUGUCAAAGUAAUUGCAGCCAUUGCACUUUAUCUUUCACUGAAGACAAGAUAUAACGAAGAGAUACACAUGAAGGUAGAAAUGUUUCUCAAAACGUAUGGCACAUCAAAACCCACAAGGUACACUUUCUCCGAAGUGAAGAAGAUAGCAAGACGGUUCAAGGUUAAAGUAGGACAAGGAGGAUUUGGAAGUGUGUACAGAGGCGAGCUACCAAAUGGAGUCCCUGUGGCGGUCAAGAUGCUAGAAAAUCCAAAAGGAGAAGGAGACGAAUUCAUCAAUGAGGUCGCGACUAUCGGGAGAAUCCAUCAUGCAAACAUUGUCCGCCUCCUUGGCUUUUGCUCAGAAGGAACAAGGCGGGCUCUCAUUUACGAAUACAUACCCAAUGAUUCGCUGGAGAAAUAUAUAUUUUCACAUGAUUCUAAUACUUCUCAAGAACUCCUAGUACCAAGCAAGAUGCUAGAUAUUGCUUUAGGCAUUGCCCGAGGAAUGGAGUACCUGCAUCAAGGAUGUAACCAGCGUAUCCUCCACUUUGAUAUCAAACCUAACAACAUCUUGCUGGACUAUAACUUCAGCCCGAAGAUUUCAGACUUUGGCCUUGCAAAGCUGUGUGCAAGGGACCAAAGCAUCGUUACCUUGACUGCAGCAAGAGGCACGAUGGGCUAUAUUGCACCAGAGCUAUAUUCUCGGAACUUUGGGGAGAUAUCUUACAAGUCAGAUGUUUACAGUUUCGGCAUGCUGGUACUAGAAAUGGUCAGUGGAAGGAGGAAUUCAGACCCAAGUGUUGAAAGCCAAAAUGAGGUUUACUUCCCAGAGUGUAUCUAUGAACAGGUUACCACUGGGCGGGAUUUGGAACUUGGUAGGGAAAUGACUCAAGAAGAGAAAGAAACAAUGAGACAGCUGGCCAUUGUGGCACUAUGGUGCAUUCAAUGGAACCCAAAGAACCGGCCAUCAAUGACAAAGGUGGUGAACAUGCUAACAGGGAGGUUGCAGAAUCUACAUGUGCCACCUAAACCAUUUUUCUCAGCUGAUAGCCAUCCUAUAAUGUAAGACUUGCAGAACAUGCUGCCAUAAUUUAGUAAAAGAAUAUGUGAUAGAUAAACUAAAUGCAAUGUAAUAAAUGCAUAGCGACAGCAUGCAAUGUAUUCUCUUAUUGUUCCAUUCUAUUAGCCACCUGAAAUACAUUCAACGAUGAAAUUGGAAAAUUGUAGUUCAAUUGCCACGGAUA